AUGGAUCCUGUAGACCGCUCCAGUAGCAGGAAGCAUGUGGUAUGGGACGAGGAAAACCUAGCAGAGAACGAGAAAAUCCAGGCAGAGUUUGCAAACGUGAGCGUCCCCGAGCCAAAGACGCCCUACCACGGGCCGUCCUCGCCUGGCGACGAGCUCGAGGAUGACAUGCGGCCGCUAGCGCUUGGGGAGGAGGGGGAGGCGCAGCAGCCCAAGAUGUCGGCCUUCGACUUUUUCCUGGGCAACGGCAGUGCCGACGCGGCCCCAUCAGGCGGCUCGCCGCCACACGACGCGAUCGCGCCGGCGAACGCGGCCGUGCGGGGCCGCGCGCGCUCGGACAGCGGAGUGAUCAGCAGCGGCAAGCGCACCGAACGGUCAAUGUCGGAGGUGCGGAACAUUGACCGCAUGGCGAAGCCACGCUCGAUGACGAGCAGCGACGGCAGCGGCGGCCUCAGCUCAGAGAAACGGCAGCGCUUCGAGGCGGCGCGGCGCGCCCACUACAACAUGCGGGAGGCGCUGAGGCUCGGCAGAGCCCUCACGUCGGCCAGCGAGGACGACACGCGCGGCGACGGCGGCGACGGCAGCAGCGACAGCGAGGGAGAGGGCGGGCAGGACGAGGCGAUGCUGGACUGCGGCAGCAGCAGGCUGCAGGAGGGACACCCCAAUGGUGAGCACGGCGUCGCGGCGACAGGCGCGGCGAGGGCCUCGCGAAAUGGGCGGGCGCGGCAGCGGCGGCGGCACCUGGCUUUCGACGAGCCGCCCCAGCAGCCGCAGCAGCCACAGGAGCAGGUGCAGGAGCAGUUGGAAGGUGCCGGCGGCGCCAGCGAGAGGGAAGGCGGCAGCGAGCGGCAGGGCAGAGAGGCGACGCCGCAGGCAUAG